AACAGAGAAGGGGGGGUGAGAAGGGGGCGCACUUCCUCAUUCUAUCUGGGGUCAUGUAAGACUCACAACGUAGAUACAUGGAGCAAUGGUGGGCUCGUGGGCCACACCGGGCAGGACCGGUCCCUGAUUGGUUCUGUGGUGAGUUGGAAUAAACGCUCAGGGUAUAUAAGUAAGAAAAUGUGUAUCGCUUCCAAGAAACAGAAGCCCAGGAAAUAUAAAGGAAACAAUUAAGUUUUUCUUGACGCACAGAAAUUGAUCAUCUCCAGAGAUCCCAAAACAUUUAUAAAACUAUUCUGAUUCAAGAAUGAGGGCACAAAUUCAAAAAGUCCCGCAGAUUGUCGAGUUACUGAAAAAGAAAUCAGUGGGCUUGCAGCACUUCAAGCCUACAUCUUCAGUGUGCGUCCUGGACUCGAAGGAUGCUGCGGAGGUUGCGCCUUGUGGACACAUCCGUGCCGCGGCGCCCAGCAUUGAUGCGCUUCCCGGACCAACCAGAUGGCCUCUGGUUGGCAGCCUGAUUGAACUUCUCUUCAGAGGAGGCUUGACACGACAACACAACGCGCUGGUUGAUUACCACAAGAAAUUCGGAAAAAUAUUCCGGAUGAAACUGGGAUCAUUUGAGUCUGUCCACAUAGGCGCUCCUUGCUUGCUAGAGGCGCUCUACAGAAAGGAAAGCAACUAUCCACAGCGCUUAGAGAUCAAGCCGUGGAAGGCUUACAGAGACAUGAGAGACGAGGCGUAUGGACUCCUCAUUCUGGAGGGCGAAGAUUGGCAGAGGGUGAGGAGCGUCUUUCAACAGAAACUGAUGAAACCCACUGAGAUCAUGAAACUUGAUGGGAAGAUAAACGAGGUCAUGGUAGAUUUCGUUAAAAGAAUUGGGAAGGAGAACGUCGGUGGAAAAAUUUACGAUUUGUAUUUCGAACUGAAUAAAUGGUCAUUUGAAACAAUUUGCUUUGUUCUCUACGACAAACGAUUUGGACUUCUGAAUGAGAAAAUCGAUGAAGAGGCAAUAAACUUCAUCACUUCCGUAAAAACAAUGAUGAAUUCAUUUGGCAUGAUGAUGGUCACACCAGUGGAGCUGCACAGGAAGCUGAACACCAAGACCUGGCAAGACCACACAGCCGCCUGGGAUCGCAUCUUCAGCACAGCAAAAGUCUACAUCGACAGGAAGCUAAACCAACACUCGGCUGGUACAGGUGAUGACACCUUCCUGUCUGACAUCUACCGCAACAGCCGUUUGUCCAAGAAGGAACUGUAUGCUGCCAUCACUGAGCUGCAGAUCGGAGGGGUGGAGACGACUGCCAACAGCCUGCUGUGGGCUAUUUUCAACCUGUCCCGUAACCAUGGCGCCCAGGAGAGGCUCCUGCAGGAGAUCCAACAGGUGAUUCCUGCCAAUGAGAAUCCGUGUGCCGAGCACAUCAAGAGCAUGCCCUACCUCAAGGCCUGCCUCAAGGAGUCCAUGAGGUUAUCGCCGUCGGUCCCAUUCACGAGUCGGACCCUGGACAAAGACACUGUGUUGGGGGAUUACUCCAUUCCCAAGGGGACCGUCCUGAUGAUCAACAGUCACGCGCUGGGUUCUAACGAGGACUACUUCAGCGAGGGGACUCGGUUCAAGCCUGAGCGCUGGCUGAGGGAGACCAGUACCAUAAAUCCCUUCGCCCACGUUCCCUUUGGCAUUGGGAAGAGGAUGUGUAUCGGGCGCAGGCUGGCAGAGCUCCAGCUGCAGCUGGCACUGUGCUGGCUGGUCAGGGAUUAUGACAUUGUGGCCACAGAUAAUGAGCCAGUGGAAGCAAUCCAUUCUGGAACCCUGGUUCCAAACCGGGAACUCCCAGUGGCAUUCAACAAGCGAUAAGAUCAGGUUGGAUGUUGGACCUGCAACCCUUCCACCCCCGCAGACCACCCUGUCCUCUUCAAAAGGCAUUACCACUGUUACCAUGGACCUUCAAGGCCAUAAACUCCCAUAAACUGCUGCUGUGUAAAUAAGAUUAACAAUUUAUAGUAUAUGUAAGACUACAUAUAUUCAUGUGAUCAUGUCAGAUAUACCUCAAACUAAUACGCAACUAUUUAAAUCUAAUAGUUAGUUGUUGAUGUAGUAAUAGUUGUGAUGUACAAAUGAAAUGUAUCGAGGCAACUGCCAAGGAUCUUUAAAGAAUGUUUUAUGUUAUAAACAUGUGUUAUACAUUUGUGAAAUUUUGACUUUAUAAUACGUUUCUUACUAUGCUAUUAUAACUGUAUAAUAUGUUCUCUUCUACGGUAAAUUAUCUAUUAUAUUAUAUAUUUCUUAAAUUCUGUACAUAAAUGUAACAUUGCAUUACUGAGAAUAUUUUAUUCACAUGAAAAAAUAAAUAUACAUACUCCA